AUGCUAUAUGUUCAGAAUCUAUUAAACAAAAAAUUGAAAUCAUUAAAAUCAAAAUUAUCAACGAAUGUUCAAUUGGAUUUAAUAGAACAAAUUUAUGAAUACCAAAUGAAAUCAAACGAAAUCGAAGAAAAAGCAAAUGUAAUACACCAACAGCUAGAAGAUCUAAUUGAUGAAGAUAAACAAAAUGUGAAAAAGCAAUUGUUUACAAAGAACAAUAGAUCGGAAUCUGAUCAGAAUCGUUAUCUUGAGAACCAUAUUGAAAACUUAAGAAAUGAGAUCGAACAACUAAAUUUAAAACUAGACGAAAUCAAUAAUUAUAUUGCAACAAGAGAAUCACAAGAACAAUUACAAAUUUAUGAUACAAACGGUCAAUCGGACAAUGUAUCAGAAAUAAUCGAAUCACCGCCAUCGCAGACAAAUACAAGUCAUUUACGAUCUACUUUUAGUAAUUCAAGAAAUAGCUUAAGACAGCAAGAAGAUGAUAAUACAGUACUGUCUCAUUUACUUCUCAAAUUAAUAAGUCCAUUGAUGUUAGAUUUAAAUGAAAGUGAACUUGGUUCAACUGAAGCAGAGAACGAAAUGGUUUCAGAAGAUGAAGAAACAGUAGGAGUCAUUGGCGCUAGUACAGCACCAAGAAUUAGUCGAAAGAUACGUCUCUCCAAUACCAUUGUCCAUUGGCUUCGAGGUCCCUUUAAAGUAAUGGUCGAUGGUACAUUGCAUGCGGUCGAUGUGUUUGCACGAGGAACACAUGUUAGUGAUGAUGUUCUGCAAGCUGUGAAGAAAGGAAUAGACCGACAAAAGCAAAUGGAAAUGAAACAACAAACUACCAAUAAUUCACUUAAGCCAGCAUUUACCGAAAUUACAUCAGAUUGGACAAUCGAAGGCGAAAAUCGUGAUAAGGGUUUCAGUAAUGAAUCCAUAUGGAUGCUUGAUCCUCAAAGACAACGAGUUUUAGUCAAAAUACAAGACCAUCCAUUAUGCGCUGCCAAUGAAUGGUUAGCCUAUGUUUUAGGAACAACACUUGGUUUGUCUGUUAAUGAAGCACAAAUUUCAGUAUAUAAAAGUGAUCUGGUAACUUUACAUAGUGAUGCUGCUAAUGAAAACGAAAAAACUAUUACAUUCAUGAAACUACCAAAGCAAAGAAGAAAAACACUAUUAACUGAUCCAACAAUCGGAUCUAUGGAUCUACUCGAUCAUAUAAUACAGAAUGUAGAUCGUAAUCCACGAAAUAUUUUAAUUACGAUGCCGAAGGAUGCUUCUAUUGACGAUGAUACCGUAAAACUGAAGAUGCAUCUAAUCGAUCAUGAUUCUUGCUUUGGUAUGGGUAAAUUGAAUGUCAUUAGCAUUGUAGCUUGCAAGCUCCAUAGUCCCCAUCUGGCAGUGGUUAAGUUCGAUUCGAUAGAACAAGCAAAAAAAUUCGAACAAUAUCUCAGUAAACUGCCAGUAGUUGAUCGUAUUUCAAUGAAAAAAACAUUGAAUCGUUUUGCAGCAAUUACCGAUGAUCAGUUUGAUCGUUGGUUGACCGAAAUACAUGAUCUACUAUCGCCUAAUCAAUACGAUCGCAUACGUGAUGUAUUAUAUCGACAACGAGAUAUUGCAAAACGCUAUACGAUACAGUGGUGUAUGUCUUCAAAUGUAACACAAAAUGAAACGAACCAAAUUGAUAUUCAAGAUGAAUAA